AUGGCUAAGCAGCGUUCUCCAGAUGGGAGGCUGGUCUAUCUCCACUGCUCAUCAAUCUUCAGCGGGGCAAACGCGCAAGUCCGAAGGGUCAAGAAGAUCUCUCAGCUUCUUGAGAAGCAUAAGGCAUCCAUCAAAAUCCUCACAAAGGAGUUUACCUUGCCAGCCGUUGCUGCAAUUGCGAAAGAGUUGCUAGAAGAGCAGAUUUUCGAAUCCUUACCCCGGGCAAAGCUCCGUUACCCAGAGUUGUUCCAGCCGUCAGAGACGCAAGAGGCCGAGAGAGCGGCCUCGGAGGCAGAAGUCAUCCGGAUCGAGGCCGAGGCAGCACAAGACAUAGUGUUGACAUCCGAUGACGAGGGAGGAGACGAGUGCCCGGACUUUGAGCAAGGCGAACAGCAGGCUGAGCCUGAGGGAACAUUAGAAGACAAAGUCGAGGCUGGGGACAAUGUUCAAAUCAACGCUGUCAGACUGUGCCAACAAUCGACAACCCAAGCACACCACGCGCUGUCUAUCCCCAGGCUUCACCCUGUCUAUUUGCCAUUCAAAACGCAACAUAGAAUCCUAGUCCCAGUCCAAUCUUUGCUUGAGGAAUGCUGUCUGGAUUUCGGCAACACUUGGGUUCCAGAUUUGAUGGAGGCGCGGAAAUGGGAAGAAGCAGAGUCCAUUGAACUCACCGAAUGGACCAAGAGAUUUUUGAGAUACGCCAAAUUUCUACCGCCAUCCGCUAUCAAACCGGUUCCCGGUAAAAGUAUCGCUGAAGUGCUCUUUGGAACAAGUACUCUUCGUCACUCAGCUGUUCAUCGCCUUCCAACUAGCGCAGCCGGAAUUUUGAACAUGCUCAGUGCAGCUAUCACCUUUGCAGAAGCUCUUAAUGACUCCCAACGAGCGGAGAAGGUAGCGGGACUCAAAACGCAGCUACAAGCUAGCAUAGAGGAAAUUGUGCAGCAUCAAAAUCUGCUUCAACGCAAGCUCACAGAUCAAUUUGAAGAUAUUGCGCGUCGGAGAGCUGAACUUGACGAGCUGGAAAGAUCUUCAAUCGAGGAGAUGCUGGCAGCGGACAAGAAGCAACGCACUGAGGUUGGCUCUGCCUUUGAAAGCUUCCUUGUUGGCUCCCAACAGGUCUCCAAUCCUUGCAGCUGCAGUCAUACAUCCAGCCUUGAUGGAGCGAAGGCGGACUCUAAGGCAGAAGAGAACAACGAGAGUAGCUGGAUAGAACACGACCAAAGUCCACUCUGCGAAGUGACACCUCGUCAAGGCGAAAAGUCGGAGAAAGAUGACCAACCCCCUUGUCAUGAUAACAGUGGCGGCAAUGUCGAAGGAGAACUGGAAAUCUCGGAAUUGACUCUUUCAAAUUUAAGGUCUAAGGGGCAAAAGAAAAAAGGGAAGAAGGCUGCAGCAUCUGGCUGGGAUAUUUCUGCAGCUGAGCAAGCACCUGUUCCUAUGGAUGAAGCUCCUGCUUCAGAAGAAGCGUCUCCCAUCCCAGUACAUGUCACUCACAAUCUGGGAUGGCCUAGAUAUGCAGCUUGGAAUUUCGUCGCAACUAGUGGUGUUGCUGCAGAGCCGCAUAAUGUAGUAGAGGAGGCUCUCCCCACCGAAGCUUCCUCCACAGAUGAGCCUUACAUUAUUGCGCCUGAGGAAGAUCCAUUGACGGAGGAUACAUUGCCUGCAGAAGAAGCAUUCUCCGAAAAGGACCCAAUUGGAAAGGAAAAAGUUGCUCCCCAGGUGACGCUGGAAGCUUCACAAGCCGAGCCAAUCACCGAAGGCUUCGAUAGCGCAAAGGAACAUACGCUCGACCAACAUGACAGAAUUCCAAACGACUUAGAGGGUCCCUAUGAACCAACGCCAAAGCCUGAUAUCGCUCCGAGGCAUAGUGCUCUAGCUGAGAAUGCUGAGUUCCUUAUACCGCCUCCAAGGCCUGCUCUUUGUGCCGUGCGCGCUAAAUCUAAUUAUCACUCACCUCUUCCCUCGGCGCCGGCGUCUACAGCGACUUCCGUCCUUGAGACUGCAGCCCCAGAGGCGCCAACGGGAGAUGGCCAUACCAUCACGCUCGAAAUUCUCAACGGCAGCAAGGUCCUCAGAGCUAUCGUCUUUAUUAGAGCUUGCACCCGGACGGCAAUAUUGAACGAAGCAAGAGCAUACUACGUGAAAUGGGCACAAGAUGAUCAAGUUCUUGGGACACAGCUGGCACAAGGAUGUGAUCUGGCCUUGAUAUCGUUAAACAUGUACGGGUGCGACAUGGACUUGUCGACAUACAAGAUUGAAAACCUGUCCUCUCUACUUGGGGCUGUUGAGAAAACGAGUAUUCCGAGAUUUACGCUCCGGAUCUCUGAGAAUUGA